CGGGAUUGGCUGCAGCCUGGGACAGUCCGAUUUUGCAAUAAAGUGAACGUCAGCCAGGCGACCGCGCGUUCUGUCUCCGCCUUCUGCUGCCUUGGCUUCGGGGGAACGGUGACAGCAGCUGGGAGCCAACCGGGCCCCUCCUCCGCCUGCGAGAUUCGGGGGAGAAAAGCUUCAUCCAGGUUUCCAGCUAUCUUUGGACUUGAAUAUUCCAGUGCAUUCCCAGUCAGCAUUUUUGGAUCAUCCGAAACUCUGCUUCCCAUCAAGUUCCAUUUGUCUAUCUUCCUAUGCUGUCUUGUUGGCUUCCAGAUAUUACAAUAGACAUAGGAAGCAGCCAUGGAGUUUUACGAAUCUCAGUAUCUCCUCCUUAUUAUCCCAGCAGUGGUCAUUGCCAUAAUUUUUCUGUUCUUCUGGCUGUUUAUGAAGGAAACUUCAUAUGAUGAAAUACUUGCAAAACAAAAACGUGAUGCUAAACCGGUUUCGGCAAAAAUUGACAAGAAGAAAAAUGAAAAGAAAAAGAAUAAGAAGAAAGACAACACCAAUGGUAACAUGCACGAAUCUGAUUCAGAAAGUGCAAUACGAGACUCUGAAUUGGUGGAUGUAUUGAUGCCUGAUGAAGAGACGCCUGUUAGUAUUUCAUCACCUCUGGGUGAAAUCCCAACUGGAUUAAAAGAAAGGAAGAAGAAAGAUAAGAAAUCUUCAAGGCAUGUAUCUGAGGAGACUUUGGGUAGGGAUUUUGAAGGAUUGAAACAUGCUGCAAAAAAAAAUGAACUUCUACCAGUUACCAAACAACCUACUCCUCCAGAAAUGUCAAGUUUUAAAAGAAAAUCUGGACAAAAAAAGCAUAAGAAUGACACAGCUACUAGUGUGUCUGAGCAAUUUGAUAGCUACCACGUUUACCCAGAGAGAUUGGAAACUGCUGCUCACUUUGCAGAGCCGAGAGAGGAUGCAUCCUUUUUGUGGAGACAGGACAAUGAUCCAGGACAGGACACGCGCAGUACUUGCAUAAAAGAGCACUCUGAAUCUGCUCAAACAAUCAGCAAAAAACAAGAUACAAUGCUUCUACCAAUGGAGUCUAAACCAAAUGAAAGUGGACUGGUGAAAAGAAAAACUGUGCCAAAAAAGCAAAGAGUAGAGACUGUUUCAGCUUCAGUGGAGAGUCUCCCAAUGAAGUCUGCAGUCUACAUUCCCUUGGAUAAUGCUCAGGCUGAAAAGAAGGAAGCUGUGGCUGAUGACAAAAGCCAUGUGAUCAGUAGUGGUAUGCAGAAAACAAUUGCCAAGAAACAGAGGACUGAAUGUGAUAAAGAAAAUGCAGAUAUAAAAUUUAAAGAUUUUCUCUCUUCUUUGAAAACUAUGACAUUCACUGAGGAGGAGGCUAUCUAUGUUGCUGAGAUUCUGAAAGAUAAGGCUAUGGUGAUUCAGGAUAUUUGGCAGAAACCUGGAGUGAAAUGUGACCCAGUUCCUGGUUUACAGCAGCAAUUACAAGAUAAGGAAAAGUUGCUUAGAGCUCUUCAAGAUGAAGUUACGCUGGCAAAUGACAAGUGCAAACAAUUAAACCAGGAGUUGGUGACAGAAAAGCAGAAGGCUAAUGUAGUUGAGACCAAGUUCAGGGAACAACGCAGUGCUCUUGAAAAGGAACUGGGAGCUCUGCAAAACAAGCUGCAGGUCAGCUACCAAGAUCAUAUGAAUGAAACCCAGAUGCAGUUUCGCCAACUUCAAGAUCAAACGGAAGCAUUGAAACAAGAAAACAGAAUCUUGAGGGAUGCUGUGAGCAAAGCACCCAGUCAAAUGGAAAGCAAGCAAUCAACAGAACUAAACAAACUGCGGCAAGACUAUGCGAGAUUAAUGAAUGAAUUUACAGAGAAAACAAAUCGCCUUCAGCAGGAAGAGGCACAGAAAAAGAAUCUGGAAGUUUCCUAUGAACAGACAGUUCAACAACUCCAGACGAAGCUGCAGGAGGAAACUGAAAGGAGAAAAGAGGAUGUGCAGAAAUAUCUCAGGAACAUAACAGCAGAGCAUGAGAAAAGGCUAACAGAAGUUCAGAAUGCAAAACAAGAUUUACAAAGUAAACUUAUGGUUGCUGAAAAUGAAAUUGGCAAUAAAAGCAAAGAGUUGCAGAGUUUGCACAGUAAGCUCACUGAUACCAUGUUAUCUAAGCAACAACUGGAACAAAAGAUGAUGCAGCUGGUAAAUGCAGAACAAAAGCGAGCUACUGCAGAUGAUGCUCUGAAGAUCCAGGUGCAGGAUCUGUUGGAACAGAAACAAACCAUGAGUGCUCAAAUCCAAAAUCUUCAUGCCCAAGUGGCAACUCAGGCUUCAGCAGCUAGUGUAGUUGAAGAGUUGCAGAAGAAGAUUGCAGAAAAAGAGAGACAAAUUAAGUUAAUGGAAGAAUCUCUACAUCUUCAUGUAACAAGAAAGGAACAGGAUAUUCAGAGUUUGCACAAAGAGAAGAAAACUUUAACAGCUGAAGUACAAAAGCUACAAGUUCAGACAUCUGAGCAGGCUUCAGCUUUAUGCAAGAUGGAACAGAUGCAAAAAGGUCUUCAGGAACGGGAUGAAAAACUUAAAACAGUUGAAGAACUGUUGGAAUCUGGACUUAUUCAGGUGGCAAAUAAAGGGGAAGAAAUUGAGAUGUUGAAGGAGGAAAAUAAAAGCUUAAGACAAAAGAUUCAAGAACUUGAAGUGAAAAGUGCUGAGCAGAUAUCUUCUGCAUCCAAAAUAGAAGAACUUGAGCAAAUCAUUAAUGAGAAGAAUGAAACAGUGGGUUCCAUUGAAGACCUUUUGGAGUCUCAGAUAUUUAAAAUAGAAAGUAAUGAGAAAACUAUUCAGGCUUUGCGGAAGGAAAAUGAGAUGCUCAGAGGUGAAAUACAAAGUGCUCAACAGGUUUCUACAACACCAAAGUUGGAUGAUCUUGAGAAAAUAAUUAGGGCGCAAGAACAAGAAGUUAGUAAUUUGAAGGCUGCGUUGGCAGAUAGUACAGAAGCAGCUGCCAACAAAAUGGCUGGAAUUCAGAAUGUUCUACAGGAAAAUGAGGCGUUGAAGUUGGAGAUUCAGCAGCUACAUGUUCGAAUUGCUAACCAAGAGGAUUCUCUAUAUGUGGCGACAGAACUCCAGGCGAUUCUUGUUGAGAAGGAUAAAAAGAUCAAAAGUAUUGAAGACCAGUUGGAAAAGGAAUUGCUUGAAUUAGAAAACAAUGGCCAAAGAAUUAAGGAUUUGCGAGAAGAAAAUGAUUUGCUCAAGAAACAGAUAGAAAAUGUACAACUUCAAAAAGCUGAUCAGGAUUCAAUAAAAGCUAAUCAGAAUGAAGAAUCACAAAUUAUACUUGAAACAAAAGAACAAGAAAUUAAUAACUUGAAGGCUUCAUUGACAGACAGUAGAGAAGCAGUUGCUAGCUAUGUGACAAAAUUGCAGGAUCUUCAGCAUCAAAAUGCAGCACUGAAAAUUCAGAUUCAGCAGUUGCACGAUAAAGCCAAUGAACAGGACUCUGCAUUGCUCAAGAGUGAAGUACUGCUGAAUGUCCUUUCAGAAAAAGACCAAGAAAUUGAUUCUUUACACCAAGAAACUGAGUCACUAAAAGCAGCUGUUAAUCAGCAACGGAUGAAAAACAAUGAACUUCGGGAGAAAAACUGGAAAGCAAUGGAAGCAUUGACAUCAACUGAAAAAAUGUUGCAGGACAAAGUGAACAAGACAGCCAAGGAGAGUAAUCAGCAAGUGGUUGCCGUACAGUCGCAAGCUAGAGAUAUUCUGAAAAGACUUUUUCCUAGGGUAUCGGUGUCUUCUCUCUUGGAUUAUACAGAUUGGCUGCAGGAGUUUGAGUGUGCUGCAGAGCAGACUUUAUCUUCACUGGUAGCAGAACAAUCAAAGGUCAUGGAACAAAAAGAAAAGGAAGCUGAAGAGAUGCAUGCAAUGUUGCAGUUAGAAUGCGAAAAGUACAAAACGGUACUUGCAGAAACGGAAGGAAUUUUGCAAAGGUUGCAAAGCAGUGUUGAAGAGGAGGAAGGUAAAUGGAAGAUGAAACUGGAAGAAUCACAGAAGGCAUUAUUGCAGAUGCAGUCAUCAGUCCACACAUUGGAGCAAGAAUUGGAAAAAGUGAAGCACGAAAACACAGAAACUGAAAGUCUUAGAAAACGGAACAAUCAUCUUGCAUCUGAAUUGGAAAGGGUGGAAAUGGAGAGGGCCACUUGUGUAACUGAAGUCAGAGAACUCAAAGUUCUGUUGACUGAAUUACAGAAGAAACUUGAUGAUUCUUGUGCUGAAGCAAUAAAGCAGAAUGAAGAACUAAAUUUGCUUAAAACUCAAUUAAGCGAAACAUCAAUAAAACUGAAGACUGAACAGAAUGAGGCUCAGGAAGUUGUAUCCAACCUAUACGAGGCUCAAGAAUCUUUGAACAUUAUUCAAGCAGAAAUAGCAAGAACUAUAAAAGAUGGGAUUGUAGAAAAUAAUGAAGUUUCAGAAGAACAGUUGGAUAAGAAGAAAACAUCAAUGGAUCUCAAUCAGAAUAUUAUUCAACUGCAGCAGCUACUGAAAGCUUUGAUUCAUCAGUUCUCAAAAGGAAGGGAAAACUCUCAAAAUGUUAUUUUCCAGCUUGAGCAAAAGGCAGCUGGAGCCCAGGAGGAAGGAGCUGCUUUUUGAAGAUGGUGCUAUGGUGUGCACCAUGAUUUGCCAAAUUAAAGCCUUAUUUAUGUUUUUUUUCCCACCCUUUCUUAAUUGUCAGACACUGAAUAGAGCUUUACUUUUGUUUUUUUUUAAAUAUUGAAUUAAACUACUGAUUCGACAAUACUGUAGGCAGCUUGAGAGUUUUUAGUUUUAUAAUACGCAGUAUCCAAUCUGUACAUUCCUAAAUGCAAAUAAGUUGUUUAAAUUUUUUUGCUAAAUGGCUACAUUAACUACCAGCAAAUAAUAUAUAAUUUGGGCAAAAGAGGGACUAAAACAAUAAAUCUAGCAGCUCAUUUGCUUUUGGGUUUAAAUUAAAUUUUUCAGGGUUAGCUGCUUCUAAUUUUCAGCCUCAACUGCACUCCAUGUUUUGUCACUAGCUUAGGAAGUCUGAACAAUUUUGUAAAAGUGACACUCAAUAAAGGGAUGCUUGUUUCUAAGUUACUAGACUGAAGCUUCAUUCAGUAAAGCACUACUGUAUUUUCUAUAGUGUGGCCAGAUGAAAUGUUAAUGUAGACAGCUGUAUGCCAAUUGUUUUCUCUAGGUGUUACUUUGGGGGGUGAAUAGUAACAUUCUGCAGUAAAUAUUUGAUGGUCAGUUAUUGCUGACAGCAUGGUACAAACUGGUUUUUCUGUUAAGUGACCUGUGGUGCAUUGGCUACAUACCCAAGCUGCUAGUUUAAAAUUAAAAGAAUGGUUUAUAGAAAAUAAACAGUUCAAAUUAAUGCUGCUUUGAUAUUCAACUGUUUUCUUUGAUGUAGAAUUGAAACUAUUUACAUUUAAAGAGCUGCCAAUUUUUUUAGGAAAUGUUCUGGACUGUUAUACAACUCCCAUGUACAAAUGAGGAAUAAAAACAAUAUCUCCUUUGCA